CAUUCUCUUUCCUUUCUCUCUUUCUCUCAGGUUUCUCUUUCCUCUCUCUUUCCUCUCUGUUUCUCUCUCCGGAAGGGGCAAAAUCCUAAAGAGACGUUUAACACCCCUAAAUUCAUGGAUGAGGAUCCAUUGAACAUGCGCAACUGGGGUUAUUAUGACCCACCCUUUAAGGGACACCUUAGUCUGCAACUCAUGUCAAACAUGGCAGAUCGAGACACAAAACCAUUUAUUCCUGGGCGUGACUCAAGUCUCAUGUUUGCUACCAAUGCUUCCUAUCACCCACGGGACUGUGUUGUCUCUGAGACAUCUAUUCCUAUGAACUACGUCAGGGAUAGUUGGAUAAACCAGAGGGAUAAGUUUAUGAACAUGUUACCUACUGGCGCUCCUUAUGGUGCCAUUCCUGAAACUUCAGCAGCUCAUUCCUUGCAGAUUAUGCAGCCACCACCCAAUCCAUCAACAAGGGAUGAGAGAGUGGUUGGCAGAUUUGAAGAGCCAGCAGCUUAUAAGGAAGGUGUUGAUCAAUUGAAGAAAAGGCAGGGUGGGGUUGCUCCCAAGACACCAAAAGCCAAGAAGGCUAGGAAGCCAAAGGAUGACAACAAUCCUACCGUUCAGCGUGUGAAGCCAGCUAAGAAGAGCUUGGAUGUUGUCAUAAAGGGCAUUACAAUGGAUAUUUCAAGCAUUCCAAUUCCAGUUUGCUCAUGUACCGGAAAUCCUCAGCAAUGUUAUCGAUGGGGUUGUGGAGGUUGGCAAUCCGCCUGUUGUACGACUAAUGUAUCCAUGUAUCCUUUACCAAUGAGCACCAAAAGACGUGGUGCGAGGAUAGCUGGACGUAAGAUGAGUCAAGGAGCAUUUAAGAAGGUCUUGGAGAAACUUGCAGAUGAAGGCUACGACUUCACUAACCCAAUUGAUUUGAGGACCCAUUGGGCCAGACAUGGCACCAAUAAGUUUGUCACUAUCAGGUAGAUUUACAUCAUGGAGAGACAUGGAGGACUCCAUUCUGGUCUGCUUCACCUGUAUAUAUUUCUGUGGCCUGCUGCAGAGACCUUGCGUGCUCAGUAAUUUCUUGAUUCUCACCGUUAUGAUGCAUGUUUUUGAAAAUUUGGACAUCCAGGUUCUUUAAUUUUUCAUUUAUGCUUUUGUGCUUUAAGGGCAGUCAGUUAUCUGGAUACCAAGAUUUAGGAUGUGGAUGAGUUUUCAUUUCUUGGGUCCUUUUAGAUUAUAUCUGUUCAUCCACCAGAUGAGUGUUGUUGAAUCCUUCAUUCGCUAUGUAUCUCUUGACUGACUAGACUGUACUUUUAUCACCUUCGUAUCAUAAGCUUCUAAAUCAUUCAUGUAGUCAUGUACUGUUGAGAUGUCUACUGCG